GGAGAGUUUUGUCGUGGUAACCUGCCAGUGCCUACGGGUGAACUAGCCGAGCUAACCCUGUUACACCAGAUAUGGGAGGAAUCCCUCAGCACAUAGUUCCACUGAGUGUCUGACCCAGAGUAGGACUGUGACAGUACAGGGUCCCAGUCUCGGUACGGUGCUGAGCUGAACCAAGCAGGGAGGGGUUCAGAGAUCAGGGUCGAUCGUCACGGCAACCGCCAACGUCCAGGUGACAAACAGUGUUCUGCUUACAGGACUUCCUUGAACAAAAAUGUCCAAACAGCCUUCAUCCAAUGUUAAAGCCCUACAGGCUAACCUAAAUAUCCCAAUGGGGGCACUCCGCCCUGGAGCUGGGCAUCCUGUCAAAAGGAAAGAGGAAACAGCGGAUCAUGAGGAGGCCCUGCCCCAGUCCCUGCCUGUGUCUUCUGAGGAAAAGAAGCAGCUACCCGGUGCCAUAAAGCUGCCAGGUCCAGCUGUCAACCUGUCCGAAAUCCAGAAUGUGAGGAGUGAACUCAAAUGGGUCACAAAGGAAUAACCUCACAGAGAUUCAAGCCUGCCACACCAUGACAAAUACAUACAAGCACAUACCCAACCCAUUUUGGAACUACAAAAGCACUAAUAUCACCACUGAUUAAGUAUGACACAGUCCUCUUCAGAAGAUCACAUGGUCAUGGAUGUGGGUUUCACAUCUCAUGUCAGAGACUGAAUGAAAAAAAAAAAACAAGAACAGACGCACCACCUUCUCAAGAAUUCUGAAGACCACCCCACCCCCAGCUGGAACAGGCCGUGUCUUAGAUUUUCUGUUCAUUUUUCAUUCUGCACUUUCUAUUUUCAUUAUGUUUUCCUAGUCAAUGAUCCCCUGUUGUUGCUAUAGUAACUGUGAUAUUGUGUUCACUGCUUUGGAAUAUUAAACUCUGGUUAUAAAUGUA